AGUCCCUAAAAGUUAAACGAGAAAAAGCGCAAAUUGGAAUUAUCCUUCCAAUAAAUAAACGUAGUGGCACCGAGUAAGCUUAUGAUUAAGUCUACUACCUGUUAGCUAAAACAGCCCUAAAGUGUAUACUGUUUUUAUACAUUUCUAGGCGAAACUCAGAAUGGCAGGAGGCGAAAGCGCGUUUGAGCAGACUUACUCUUUCAGUCCUCUUCCUGCUAAGAGCUUCUCUUUCCAGGAGGACAAGAACACCUUGACGCUCUUGAUGAAAUGGUCUAUGCUGGGGAGGCUUUCAGCUCAGACGUACAGCUUUGACAGCAACUUCCAUCCUUACAGCUGUGAAACGUUUGCUUUGUGUUUCUUCAAAGACCCUCAGGUGAUUGCCAGUCUAAGAAAUAUGGAGGCCGGACUCUGCAUGCCUCUUGAGAGGCCAGUAGAGUCUGUCAGCACAAAUCUUGUGCCCUGUACUAAGAUCUCCAUGGAGUUGUUUGAUCCAGUCUACUCUUGCGGCAUCCUGAGGCCCUCUGGUCAUGUAGUUAAAUGCUUUCAUGAUGUCUACCCUGACUACGAUGAACUUCGACAGAUGUUACAGGAAGAGGAUUCUGAGCACUACUAUGUUGUUGGGAGGAUGGAGAGGGAGGAGUUUUUGUUCCGCCUUUUCAAGCACCUGUGUCUUGGCGGAGAACUCUGUCAGUAUGAAGACACCAUUGACCCCUACAUCAGCACCACAAAGAAAAUAUACAAAGACCUGAUAAGUGUGCAAAAGAACCCAGAAACAAAGAAGAUCAGUGUGGUGUCCACCGUGCUCAAAGUCUGUGCCUAUGAUGAGUCUGGCCAGUGUUUUCCUGGAACACGGGAGGAGGAGCAGACCUUUGCCUAUUUAAUUGUGGAUCCUGUCAAACGAAAUGUGACUUUGCUCUAUCACAUCUACGGCGUGGGAAAAAUGACGUUGUAAGAGCUGGAAAAUGAAGACGAAUCUGAAAUUUUGACCAGCUACAGAAUUGUUGCUUGGUCCAAAAACACUGUAUCUACAUCUUCGAUUUCUGUUUUUGGUAAUUUUACUAUAUACUAUUAAGUGUCUUGAAAAAGUAUGAAAACCCUUUCAGUGCCUUAACUGGAAUUGUGAAAAAUAGCUGUAGGUCAUAUGUUUUAUUUAGAUUGAGUUGAGCAAUUAAAAUAGAUAAAAAUAUGAAAUAAUUUUCCUCAUAAUAAUUUGUUAGAAAAUCCAAUAAAAUGUAUAUUUAUUAACAUCCACAUGUUAUCACUUACCUGUUAUGUGAGAAUAUGUAGAAAACUCUGCAAGGUACAGAAGCAACUCACUGUAAAACUUUCAAAAGUAGUUUGUUGUUGUGUAUUAAACCAUAGUUGAAUGUGU